AUGGACGCUUCCAUCUGCCUCAACAACCAAAAAAAAGUCGGCAUCAAAGAGGAUAACAAGGAGUACAGGGAAAAUUUCCGGUUGGUGGUCUGUGGACUUGCAAGCGGCGACUUCAGAACAUGCUUCGACGAGGUGAAGAAGAAGCUCCGAGAUGCUGACUUCCCGAUGGACACCAUGCAAAUGGUAUUCAGUCUUGCCAUCAUCGGGUUGCCAAACAGCGACGAGCUCCUUCUUCCGAUCCGAGAGCGACUCAAGCGCGCACUGGUUGAUACUGCGUUUGAAAUCGAUGAUAGUAACAGGUUCAAGUCCCGCAAGUACGAGUUGAUGCUGUUUAAAAACGAAGACGAAUACUGGAGGGUCUUCAGCUCGUUCAGUAACGAGUUGCAGCGGGAGCGUGUUGAGACGUACAACACACCUCAGUUGCGCGACCAGUUGCAGCGCGAAUUGGAUCAGUUCGUUGUGAAGGCAAAGGUCAAAAACACUAUGCGUGAUGAACCGGAUAAGGAAAUGUCGCCUCCUCGCCCGGCAAAAAGCGCUUGCAAGACUGUAAAAAAAGCGGUACCGUCGAGAGAAGUCUUCGAAUCCGGCGAAGUCGACAAAAGUUCGACGAAGGCCUACUCCACACACCUCAUCAGCUAACUUGGGAAAGUAGCGCAACCAGUCUGAAAAGAAGUGAAGACUGGUGAAGGACCGAGCGACUUGCGCUGAUUCGUAUCAUUGUGAAAAAACUGUUGAUUAAAUUAAAUGAAGUGGUGCUAGCAGAAGUGUGAUCAGAAUUGAAAUUCGCCAAUAAUGGCCGGAGGUUGUCUCGAAUGGCGCAAGUGAUGAAGUCUAACUAGUGCACUGGGCACUUGUCGU